AUGAAGCGUUGUUUGGCAGGUGAACAAGCCAUGUUUACAAAACCGUUGGAGAAGUCCAAAGCGGCUACUAUUGCAUCAUACAAGAUAAGCCACAUUUUAGCUAAAAAUAAGAAGCCAUUUUAUGAUGGAGUGAUGAUAAAAGAAUGCUUUCUCGAAGCAGCUGAGUCUUUGUUCGUAUAUUUCAAAAACAAAGCUGAAAUAAUUUCAACCAUUAAAGAUAUUCAACUAUCCCGGCAAACCGUGACUAGACGUGUGGCAACAAUAAACAAGAACUUGGAAAGUCAAAAUAUGAAUGAUCUCAGAGACUGCUCUUACUUUUUACUCCAAUUUGAUGAAUACACAGACGCAACAGAUGUGGCGCAACUGUGUAUUUUCAUACGCAUGAUCUUUCCAGAUAUGACCGUUAAAGAAGACUUUCUAACAAUGAUACCGUUGAAAGAAUGUACUCGAGGAGUGGAUAUCUAUGAUUCAUUUCUAAAGUAG